UACGGUCAUGAGUGAACACCCCGCCACUCUUACAGUACUACGUUUCUCUACAACUAUCUACAUUUAGCUUAUUAAAUACUACACAUUCAGUAUGAUAUCUCUAUUCAACAUUCUGCAGUUAGAGCUGCAUAUGUUUCCUGCAGCUGUGAUUCUCAUUCUUCUUCUGCCUUUGUCUUCAAACCUCAAAAUCCGCUACUACGGCUGUUUCAUGGUCUAUAUUCUAUCCAUCUCCUGUCUAUCAGUUGUUUUAAUGCCUGUCUUCAUCUUCAGACCGAAACUCGUCCACAACUGUGUUAUCACCAGUUACUUCAUGAGGCAUAUCUCCAAACUACUGAAGAUCAAGUGGGAGCUAAGAGGAGGGGAUAUACUAGAGGUGGAGAGAGGAGCCGUGAUUGUAGCCAAUCACCAGACUAUGCUGGAUGUACUUGGAAUGUUUGACUUCUGGGAUGUGAUGGGCAAGUGUGCAGCUGUUGCUAGGAAGGAAGUGUUCUAUAUUUGGCCGUUUGGUCUGGCUGCAUGGCUUGCAGGAGUGGUGUUCAUCGACAGGAAAAAGGCAAAAAAGGCUAACUUGCAGCUUGACGAGGCGUCUAGGUUAAUCACAAAGGAAAAGACAAAACUGUGGAUGUUUCCGGAGGGAACUAGGAAUCAUAAAGGAGACACCCUGUUGCCUUUCAAAAGAGGAGCUUUUCGAGUCGCUGUUUCAUGUCAAGCCCCUAUCAUACCAGUUGUGUUUUCCCCUUAUUAUUUCCUCAAUUCUGAGAAGAAACAUUUUGGACAAGGUCGAGUCAUCAUUCAAGUACUCGAACCAAUCAGCACAAAAGGAUUGUCAGAGGACGAUAUGGACAAGGUUAUGGAAAAAUCUAGAGAAAUGAUGAUUAAGCAAUAUGAACUUUUAAAACAAGAAGUGUUAACUCAUAAUACGCCGAAAAAUGAGUAAAACCUAACUCAGUAAGCUCGACAAAAAAAAAUAUGAUAGGUUUCCAUCGGAUUAAUUUGAUAAUGAAAGAUAAUAGAGUAAAAUAAAUGAGCUAUUGAUUUUAUUAAGUUAACGAGUGCAAUAAGUUACAGUAUUUGAAAGUUUAUUAUUUUGUAACAUAUUUAAUAAAGCAACAAAUACCUAAGGCCUAAAGACAGAUUGUUUAUAUUAAAACUUUUCUUUAAUCUACUACAGUAUCAUAGAUUAAACAGAGUAUGUUUAAUGUAUGCUACUAUUUUUAAAGCAUUUAUUAGGCUGUAAGAAUGUUAUUUCGCUGUAAAAUAUGCUUCUGACUUAAGAUGCUUAGUUUAAAAAAACACCCAAAAACUAAGAUACUACUGCUGUAAAUAGGCUACAUUGUAAUAGUGAAAAAACAUACAUCAUUUUAUUGCUGUUAAUAGUUAGUACUGUAAUAAUAUUUUGUAAUUUAAAGCAUUGUAAAUAUGACUUGUACAUUGAAAGUAUUUGGUUACCGGUAAUAAAGUUUUAUGAGUAUUUUUUACUCUUGUUUCAACAAUUUUGUAUUUGCAAGACAAAUAAAUCUUAUAAGUUUAUUAAGAAGCUUUAUUGAAAUUAAAUGUUUAUCAAACUAUACUUUAAUUGUGUUUUAGCAAAUUUCCCAUAGUAUAAGGAAUAUAACCUAUUUCCAUCAGACCUAGACUGGGGCCGAUUUCUUUGAUGUUUUGAUAUCCAUAUACUGUAUCAUUAUACUGUCCUAUACUGUUGUAUAUAAUUUCAUAGGCCAAUAUCCUUUUAGGUGCCAACACUUUAAUACUUUCUUAUGAAAUGGUGACCAUACUAAUGUAGGUAUUUUAAUCAAAGUAUAAAUGGAGAUGACUAGUGCGAUGAGUAGGAUGAGUGGUGCGAUCUUGUAGUAUUGUUAGUGACUUAAGGCCGACAUGUUCCUUAGACACAGCUGUUAAUUAAUAGCCCAUACAACCAAUGGCAACUAAAGGGGCCUACAGUUUAUUGUAGAAUCGUAUAAUCCAGGAAUCUGAACCACAUUUUUGCCUUGUAAUUAAAGAAU